AUGUUGGAAGCUCAAGUGCAAUGGAGAAGAAUUCCAGGUCAACAUGAAUCCCUUGAAGGCCUCAUAGGCAAAGCUGGUAACAAACCCAAUGCUGGAGAAGAAGAGCAGGGUGCUGACACAGAUGAUGCUGAUCCCUCUCUUGCAGCUAAGGCCGAAUUUAAAAGGUGGGUGAAGAAAACCUUGGAAAGUCUGGACAUCAUUGGCCAUCAAUAUGGGGCCUGUCUUGGAAGGCAAUCGGAUCGCAAGAAGCCCAGGACCAAAUUCAAUAACUCAUUGUUUGACAAGACCAAGAAAUGUGGACACGAGCAGGCUGGUGUUUGUUUGUGCUUGUACCUUGCUAUGAUAUCUGACCGGGGCCGAUUUAUCAUGCUCCUGGAGCGUACCAUGUAUCCCACUUUUUACAAGGAUCAGGUGGGUGCCUUUGAGUUAGUCUUGACAAUGGAGCAAUGGCUGAAGAAGAAAAAGUACCCGGCAAGGCAUGCCCUUAACCCAGAAGGACUGGGGAAGGUCUUUGACUAUUACACUGAUUGGAUAAGGGAGACUACCUUUCGAAAAGGCAUGGGGGCUCUCUUGAUCAAGAAUCAUCUGAUGCUUCACGUCCCCCUCUACAUGUUGCACUGGGGGCCUCCUCGUGGAUGGGAUUCUGGUCCCAGUGAACGGGCUCACAAGACUGAGCAGAAGCAACCAGCACAAAGAACCCAAAGACGGCAGCACAGCUUUGUCAAACAAUUGACUGCAAGAUUGGAACCAAGAGCCAUUGAAGGAUGGAGGAGUUUCCCCUGGUGGUGCCAGGUUUUCUCUAGGGUUCAGCAAAACAGGCUUGAUGGCAGCAAAACUGAAGGAAACUACCUUCAAGAAGUUAUCAAUCUUGUCUGUGAGAAGCUGUUGCCUCUUGCGGACAGUGACAAGAUCGAGGGUUUCUCUGAGGUCAAGAAGACAAUUGACUCUGAGCCAAUUUGUUUCAGGGCCCACCCCAACUACAGAUCCAAAUCUCGGCAAGUCACUGACACUUGGCACGACUGGGCAAAGUUUGUUGUGCCACAUCAUGGGGAUGCCCACAUUCCCGGACAAAUCCUAAUGUUCAUCAGGAUGCCCUUCACAAAUGAUGAGGUGAUCCACAAUGGGAUCCGGCUCCAAUCCAAACAAGUGCAUGCUGUUGUGAACCUUUUUGUGGAUCAGCCACAGCCACCAUUUCCCAACUUUGAUACUCCAAUUGUGAAAUGGGGAAAGACAGAGGACACCAACUUCUACAUAAUCCCAUGCAACUGUCUAGUGGCCCCAGCAAUUGUUGUGCCCAAUCUACUAGAACAGCAGCCUCAAGGGAACGUUGCCAAUGCCAAUGCAAGGAGAACCUACAAGAAACGCAGAUUCAAAUUGAUGCAAGAACCUGGAAAUGAACCACUUGGAGAUGGAUAUUUUGUUGUGGACAAUCAAGAACAAAUGGCCCAGAGGAUGGAGGAAUUGAUAGACGACAUAAUGAAAAGGGAAUAG